AUGUCCUCCCCUCUCCCAAAAGCGACCACCAAAAAGAAGAAGGAGAACGAGGCGAACGACAUAAACGGGAAUAAGAAGCAAAAGAAAGUCGCAGCGGCGCUCAUUCCAGAAAUCAUCCCCCGAGAUGCGUUGGAACGCGCAGACGAAGAUUUCAAAGACGACGACGACGAAACGAAGCGUCGCUUCACCGCGGUGGCGUUCAACGUCGCCGGUUUGCGCGCUUUGUUAAAGAAUAAACCCGAAUGUUUACGAAAAAUUGCGGACGAAACGAAGUGCGACGCGAUGAUGUUCUCCGAGCACAAGCUUAAUCCGGAAAACGUGGAGGAGGCGACGAGACAGUUGAAGGAGUUGUUGCCUGAGUUUACGACGGUGAAGUUUGCGUGUUCGACGGCGAAGAAAGGGUACGCUGGAGUUUGUGUUUUGGCGAAGGGCGAGUGCGAAGAGGCGAGAAAAAAAGAAGGUGGGAAAUCGCCGAUGAAACAAACGUCGAUUAAGGAUAUGUUUGGCGGCGGCGCGAGCGAGAAGAAGAAGGAAGCGCCAAUCCCUACGAACGCCGCCGCCGCGAGGCGAUACGACGGAUCAAGGCUUUUAAAAGUCACGGAAGGGUUGCUCGAUGGGAAACAUCUCUCGGAAGGCCGCGCGAUUACUUUGGAAUACGAAUCGUUCAACGCACUAUUCACGUACGUUCCAAACAGCGGGCAAAAGCUGGACCGUUUGGAUUGGAGAAUCAACACGUGGGAAAAAGAGUGUCGCGAGCAUUUGAACGCGUUGCAGGCGAAGAAACCGACGAUUUACGGCGGUGAUUUAAACGUGGCGCAUCUAGAUAUCGACAUUUAUAACGUAGACGCAAAACACAUUCCAAAAUCAGCAGGGACGACGCCGGAAGAGAGGAACGCGUUUGGAGUGAUGACGAGAGAGUGCGAUAUGAAAGAUUGCUUUCGCUAUUUCCAUCCUGGGAAGAGCGGGUGGUUUACGUAUUGGUCUCAACGAGUCGGGAACAGGCCAAAGAAUAGAGGUUUACGUUUGGAUUACUUCUUAGCUAGCAGCAAAAUGUUCGCAAAAGGCGCACAUGUGAAGGUGGUGUCCAGUAGAAUAUUGACGGAGAUGAAUGGAAGCGACCAUUGCCCCGUAUCGAUCACGUUGGCAUUGCGGGAGUAA